GCUGUCAGGAGGGUGCAGCCCAGCCCGUCGCCGCCCCGCAGGGCACAGCCUCGCAGCAGCCCGUGCCAGGGUUUUCUUCCAGCGCGCUCCGAGGCCUCUCAGGGCCUGGCUCCAGCCUCCCCUGGCGCUCGUGCUGCAGAAAUUAAUGGCUGUGACAUCACCGACCUCUGGAUUUUUUUUACUUAAUUCUUUUUUUCACCCCACCCGGGUGGCGCGGCCUCGUGCGAGCGGCUCCUGUUCAGGUUGUGCCGGGCGGACGAGGCCUCUCCGCGGGCCCGCUGGCGUUUCUGUGUGGCCUUCUCCGGAGCAUCGUGUGAAGAAGAAGCCCACGCCAGUGAAGUAUGACAUGGACGACCUCGUCUGGGCCAAGUUCAGCCGCCGGCCCUGGUGGCCCUGCACCAUCUGCCUCGACCCGACACUGGAUUGCCACUCGAAGAUGAAAGCGUCCAACCGGAGACCAUACCGCGAAUACUACGUCGAAGCCCUGGGGGACCCCUCAGAGAAGGCCUGGGUGGCCGGGAAAGCAAUCAUGCCCUUUGAGGGCAGACACCAGUUUGAAGAGCUGCCGGUUCUGCGGAAGAGAGGGAAGCAAAAAGAAAAAGGCUACAAGCAUAAGGUGCCUCAGCGGUUCAUGGCCAAGUGGAAGGUCGGUGUGUCCCAGGCAGAACACCUGCUCCUGCAGGGACUGGAGGAGUGGAUGCGCAGCCCGAGCCCCCGCAAGCCAGGCCGCAGGAAGGGGGCACAGCUGCAGCCACCAUGCACAAACGGCCCCAGCACGGUGCGGGGCCGGCAGCUCAAUGGCUGCUUCAGCUCCCUGGCAUUUCCCUCCAGGUACACGGGCAAUGAGAAGGGCAAGUCAGGCACCAAAUCACAAGUGAAGAAGAACUCCGAUAGCCGGAAGAGGACGAGGGUAAAAAAGACCAGAGUGCGGAUGGAGACGGUGAAGAGGGGGUUCGGGGGGCAGGCGCCCAGGAGCAUGGCCAGGAACUUGCUGGGGGGGAACCUGCCGGAGAAGCACGCGUCCCACGAGCUGCGGCGCAUCGCAAGCAGCUUGACGAUCUCCGGCGGCCCCAAGGAAAACCACCUGCUGGCGUCCUUUGGGGACAGGCGCUUUGAGAAGGAGCACACAUACGGGGCCCCGAGCAGCGCCGCCCCGCGGGACUCGCGCUCCAGCCCCUCCACGGAGGGGGGCAGCCCUGGCAGCUUCUACCGUGGCUCCCAGCAGCACAGCCGUUACUCCAUGCCUGGCGCCAGGGACCUGGACAGCGACUCCGACUCGCUGACCUCCUCCUCCUCCUCCUCUUCCUCCUCCUCCUCCUCCUCGGAGGACGAUGGGGAUAGCGACCUGGACCUCAUGGACCAGAGCCCCGAGAGAGCCUUUGGCGCCCUGCACAUCAGCGACGAGACGCUGGAUGAGGACUUUCCUGUUGGGGCCAGUGGGAGCCUGAGCCGUGCUGUGCGCCUGGCUCAGAGCAGUGGCCGGAGAGCCAGGAAACGGGCCUAUCGGGACCACCGACCCCUGCAGAGCUCCCACACCAUCAGCAUUGAGUCGGGACCCGAAGAAGGGGAGGUCGAAGAAGCCUCCUCAGACGCUGAGCCACCCACCCCUGCCCGCCUGUGCCCUGCGGCUACCCGACGCGACAAUCUCCCCCCUGCAGACAAGCACACUACGCCCCUUGGCACUGGCCCUCCUGCCCGAGCGCCCAGCCAGGGGGCUGCACCGCCUCACAGCCUCCAGCUGCUGUCAGGCAGAAGCACCCUGCGCACCGCAGGGCCAGAGCCCAGCCCGGCCCGGGAGGAGAGCGGCACGCAUCGCGGCACUGCCGACACCAAAGGUUUCCCUGGCACCACCCUGGAACUGCUCGGCAAAGGCAGCAGGGCAGACGGCCAGCGGCUGCUGAACAACGUGCAUGAGAAGUGCCAGGAGGCAGCCGAGGUGGAGGCGGCCGUGGUGAAGCACUCGCUGUCUUUCCGGUCCCUCAGCGAGGAGGCGAGUGGCGGUGGGCCCCCGAAGCCCGCCGUGCCCUCGCUUUUCACAUCUGCCUCUGGCCACGGCCUGCCUAUCGAGCCGGACUACAAGUUCAGCACCCUGCUGAUGAUGCUGAAGGACAUGCAUGACAGCAAGACCAAGGAGCAGCAGCUCAUGGUGGCUCAGAACUUGGCUGUGUAUUGUGGCGACGGCCCCGGGAGUGGCCCGGCCAGUGCCCCAAAGCUGCUGCCUGCGCUGGGCCACCGUUUCAAGGUGGAGCGGAAUGGGGAUUGUCUCCCGGAGGUGGCGCGGCAGAGCCCCAAUGCAAGCGAACCCUCCCUGUCCAGCACAGGGGCCAAGCUCCCUGGACUCGGGGCCAGCAAGAGGGAGCCAGGCAGUGCUCCAGCCUCCAGCUCCAACGGCACCAACUGCAUUGCCAGGCGCCACAGUGCUAAGCCCAAGCCACCGUCCAAGCGAGCGGGGAGCAGGAAGGAGGCGAAGCUGGACAGACCUGCCCCAGCCCUUGGGCGGUUCUCGCGGGAUGCAGCUGCCGGCGGGUCCCGCAAGCGCAGAGAGGUGCUGGGGGCAGGGACAGGUCCCCUGGGCAAGGACACGGGCAGCUCGGAAAGGAAAGGGCCCCUGGGGCUGCUGGGGCACUCCACCGAUGAGGACUCGGUGUGCUCCUCCGACAGCUCAGACCCCCUCCGUGGGAUGCCCAGCUGCGAGAACAGCGAGAGCCCAGAGCUGGACUCGGAGGCCAACAGCGAGUGCUCCCUGGGUGAGGAGUCCAGCGGUGCCAACCACGUGGCGCCCAAGAAGCGCUGGCAGCGUUUUAACCAAAGCAAUGCAAAAGCCAGUAAGCAAGGCCGCCGGCCUCGGGCCCCAGGGAGCUCACAGCGGGCCCUCCAGGGCCGGACUCCCAGCACCUUCCCGCUGAAGGGAAGCAAGUGCACGGUGCACAGGCCUCCUGCCCCCAGCCCAAGCAACACAGCAGGGCAGGGCUGCCAGAACCACCGGGACUCGGCCAUGCCACGGCUGACGGCACGCGACAAGCCUGACACGGAGCCGGAUCUGGGCAGCUUUGCACCCCGGGCUGAGUUCCCUGCACAAGUCAUUUCGGAGCGGAAGCGCCUGAGGAAGCCGAGCAAGCGGCUGCUGGAGUAUGCUGAGGAGUACGACCAUAUCUUUGCGCCCAAGAAGAAGCCCAGGAAGAGCCAUGAGCCAUCACGGAAGGUGAAUGCCCUAGAGAGGUCUGAGUGUCAAGAGGAGGAAGGUCUUCCCGCACCACGCAGCCCUGGCCGUGGCGCUCAGAGCAGGCGGCUAGAGCACAGCCCUUUCGUUUCAACUCCAUCUUCCUCUUCAACCAAAGAGUCUCCUCCGGUCCUCGAGCGAGAGCCGCCCCUCUCCGAAGACCCGCCCAGCCGACUCGGAGAGGGGCCUGCAGAGCUGCCUGAGCUGACGCUGUCUUCCCCGGAUUUGUCGGAGAUCUCUGCUUCCCCGGAGGCAGAGGAGCGGUUCCUGAAGUCAGGGAGCUUUGAGAGCAAGCGGCAAAGGAAGCCCACGAAGAAGCUCUUGGAGUCCAAUGACCUGGACACCACGUUCAUGCCAAAGAAGGAGUGGACUCCGCCAAAGAAGGGUGCCGGCCCCUCGGAGAGUGACAGCUCGGAGCUGUAUUCACCUGCCCACUUCUCUGACCAUGGCGAAGCUCCUGAGAAGCCCUCUGAGAAGCAGCGCAAGCGCAAGAGGCAACGGCACCCUUUGUCUGUGGCCCGUGGCAAGAAGGAGCGGAGCGAAGAUGGCCUGGGGGAUGCUCCCCACUCCGAGGGAGAGACUUCGGUGCACGGGGCUGCCACGAGCCCCAAGGAGGGCAUUGAGGAGGGUUUGGAGAACGACCAUGGGGUGCCAUCAUCCAAGAAGAUGCAAGGGGAGCGCGGUGGGGGAGCCGCCCUCAAGGAGAACGUCUGCCAGAUCUGCGAGAAGCCGGGCGAGCUGCUGCUGUGCGAGGCGCAGUGCUGCGGCGCGUUCCACCUGCAGUGCCUGGGGCUCUCGGAGAUGCCCAAGGGCAAGUUCAUCUGCAACGAGUGCUCCACAGGCGUCCACACCUGCUUCGUGUGCAAGAGCAGUGGGGAGGAUGUGAAGCGAUGCCUGCUGCCUCUGUGCGGGAAGUACUACCACGAGGCCUGUGUCCAGAAGUACCCACCCGCCGUUCUGCAGAGCAAGGGCUUCCGCUGCUCGCUGCACAUCUGCAUGACCUGCUACGCUGCUAACCCCACCAACGUCUCUGCCUCCAAAGGCCGCCUGAUGCGCUGUGUGCGGUGCCCAGUGGCCUACCACUCCAACGACUUCUGCCUUGCCGCCGGCUCCGUGGUCCUGGCCUCCAACAGCAUCAUCUGCCCCAACCACUUCACGGCGCGCCGGGGCUGCCGCAACCACGAGCACGUCAACGUCAGCUGGUGCUUCGUCUGCUCGGAAGGGGGCAGCCUGCUGUGUUGUGAAUCGUGCCCGGCCGCCUUCCACCGUGAGUGUCUGAACAUCGAGAUGCCUGAGGGCAGCUGGUACUGCAACGACUGCAAGGCGGGCAAGAAGCCGCACUACAAGGAGGUGGUCUGGGUGAAAGUCGGGCGCUACAGGUGGUGGCCAGCUGAGAUCUGCCAUCCCCGCACAAUCCCGGCCAACAUCCAGAAGAUGAAGCAUGACAUUGGAGAGUUCCCGGUGCUCUUUUUCGGCUCCAAGGACUACCUGUGGACGCACCAGGCUCGCGUCUUCCCCUACAUGGAAGGCGAUGCCAGCAGCAAGGACAAAAUGGGCAAGGGGGUAGACGGCAUCUACAAGAAAGCUCUGCAGGAGGCAGCCGCACGGUUCGAGGAGCUGAAGGCGCAGAAGGAGCUGAGGCAGCUGCAGGAAGACAAGAAGAAUGACAAGAAGCCUCCUCCCUACAAGCACAUCAAGGUGAACCGGCCCGUGGGCAAAGUGCAGAUCUGCACGGCUGACCUGUCCGAGAUCCCGCGCUGCAACUGCAAGCCCACGGACGAGAACCCCUGCGGACUGGACUCGGAGUGCAUCAACCGCAUGCUGCUGUACGAGUGCCACCCGCUGGUGUGCCCGGCCGGCGAGCGCUGCCAGAACCAGUGCUUCUCCAAGCGCCAGUACCCCGAGGUGCAGAUCUUCCGCACGCUGGCCCGCGGCUGGGGCCUCCAGGCCAAGAUGGACAUCCGCAAGGGUGAGUUCGUCAACGAGUAUGUGGGGGAGCUGAUUGACGAGGAGGAGUGUCGUGCCCGCAUCCGCUACGCCCAGGAGCAUGACAUCACCAACUUCUACAUGCUGACGCUGGACAAGGAUCGAAUCAUCGACGCGGGGCCAAAGGGCAACUAUGCCCGGUUCAUGAACCACUGCUGCCAGCCCAACUGCGAGACGCAGAAGUGGUGCGUGAACGGCGACACGAGGGUCGGGCUCUUUGCCAUUGUGAAUAUCAAAGCCGGCACGGAGCUGACGUUCAACUACAACCUGGAGUGUCUGGGGAACGGGAAGACAGUUUGCAAGUGUGGGGCCCCCAACUGCAGCGGCUUCCUCGGCGUGCGGCCCAAGAGCCAGCCAAAUCCUACCGAGGAGAAGUCCAAGAAGCUGAAGCGGCGGCCGCUAAAGCGCCGGUCGCAGGCCGAGGUCAUGAAGGAGCGGGAGGAUGAGUGCUUCAGCUGCGGGGACGCGGGGCAGCUGGUGUCCUGCAAGAAGCCGGGCUGCCCCAAGGUGUACCACGCCGACUGCCUCAACCUGACCAAGCGGCCUGCAGGGAAGUGGGAGUGCCCGUGGCACCAGUGCGACCAGUGUGGCAAGGAGGCGGCCUCCUUCUGCGAGAUGUGUCCACGAUCCUUCUGCAAGCAGCACCGCGAGGGCAUGCUCUUCAUCUCCAAGCUGGAUGGGCGGCUGUGCUGCACGGAGCACGACCCCUGCGGGCCCCACCCCCUGGAGCCGGGGGAGAUCCGUGAGUACGUGCCUCCGCUGUGUCUGGAGGAAGCCGUGGCUUCCUCAGCACCCCCACCCCACUUCGUGCCGCCUCUGACUUGGUGCGUUGGCAACCAAAAAUCCCUGAAGGAGACUUGA